AUGGAUGUAGCAAGCCGGACAAGUGAUCGGACGAAGCAAGAUAUUGACCCCGGCACGCAGAAGGAUGCUGUCCCGCAUUUGGACACUCCAUCUGCUACCUCUUCGCAGCAAUGUUUGGGCAAAUUUGACUCCAACGAUGAGAUCCGAACCCUUGAUGCGUCAGAAGCACCUAUAGUGAGUGUUUCGCCGGCUCACAGUCAGACCCCCUCCAAGGCCGAGUCGAGUACUUGCAUCGAGUCAUCGUCAUCUCGCAGUUGUCAGCAGCGCCAGGUGGGAAAAUCUGCUUGCAACAAGGGUCUCCCUACCCUCCCCCCUUGCAAAAUACUUACCCGUCUCGCUGCCGAGCCCCAUACCGACAUAGCACAGCUUACUGCCACCCCGGAUGAUGGGCUGGAUCCUUUCCAAGCAGGAGAUGAAAUUUCCUGCUCCCGCGCCCAUCAGCUACUGAUGCAGUAUGCCACCUCGGAGGAGAAGUUAGAUGCGAUUGCUGAGGUACUUGAAAACGGGUGUGUGCCCAACACUGGCCCGGAAGGUGGAUGUAAAAUCCGAGGCUCUACGAUAUCUCAGGCUCUGCUUGAUCUGUGUCUUUGA